AUCACCUAUCACCUAUCAGCCACCACAUCCCUAAAGCAGCCUCCCUCACACAAGGCAGAAGAACUCAAAAUGAACGAUACCUCCGCACCUGGAGAGCCGCAGGUGGUGCGCAACGGUCUGCAAUCACCUCCUACCAACGCCUUGAAAGACAUGGCAAGCCGCCUCGCAACCAAACCUCACGAUGCCCAACCCAACUAUGACAUGAUGUCAACUGGAUCGAACCUGGUAUGUAUUGUACAGCGAUAAUUACGCCUGCGAGGAAUGACACUUACGAUACCUCUAGAAGACGAGGGAAAACCUGACCGAUACAACUGAGGAUUUGACCAUCAACGGAGACAGCAAUGCUUCCUAGGGUUCGUUUACCUCCAUGCCUAUGACU